CCACUUUCAUAUCAUACACCAUUCGUAUAGCUAGAUAUCACACACACGAAACCUUCCAUUCCAUCAUUAUCAUCAUGGCUUCAGAGCAGCUAAGGAGGGAGAGCAAGACUGAUGAGCGAGAGAUUCAUGUUGAGAAAGAUAAGGUUCCCAAAAUUGCUAGUCAUUUUGAGUCGCUCACCGUUAAAGAUUCCGGCGAUCAACCUGGUUCAGAAGCUGUAGUCCACCAUGUUACUGGUGCAACCACCGGUGGCUCCGCUUAUGGAGCUGGUGGUGUAAUGCAGUACGGUCAAGGCGGAGGUGGGGAGGCUCAGAAGGGUAGAAAUACACAGAGAGAUGAAACUCUUGAAGAGAUAGCCAAGUAUAGAGGAACUGCACAACAGAACUCCAUGGAAGCCAUUAGAGCCGCCGAGCAACGCUACCAAAAAGCCAAACAGAUGCAGGCCUCUCCUGCCCAGCAUCUGGCUGAAUCAGCAGGCGGUCAGACGAAAGAGAGAGCGACACAAACCACAGUAAAGAGUUGGCAAACUGGCGAGCAGGACAAAGAUAACCUUUCUGGGGCAAGGGCCAAAGAGUACACUGUCCAAGAGGGUCAGCAAACCGGUCAGCAGGCAAAGGAGAGCCUCUACACCGCCGCCCAAACGGCGGCAGAGAAGGCUGCGAGGGCGAAAGACUACACCGUCGAGAAGGGUCAGCAAACCGGUCAGCAGGCGAAGGAGGGCCUCUCCACCGCCGCCCAAACGGCCGCGGAGAAGGCGGCGAGGGCAAAAGACUACACCGUUGAAAAGGGUCAGCAAACCGGUCAGCAGGCGAAGGAGGGCCUCUCCAUCGCUGCGGAGAAGGCGGCGAGGGCGAAAGACUACACCAUCGAAAAGGGUCAGCAAACAGGUCAGCAGGCGAAGGAAGGCCUUUCUGCCGCUGCUCAAACCGCCGCGGAGAAGGCGGCGAUGGCAAAAGAUUAUACGGUCGAGAAGGGCCAGCAAACGAAGGAGGGCCUUUCCGCCGCCGCUCAAACCGCAGCGGAGAAGGCAGCAAGAGCCAAAGAUUAUACGGUCGAGAAGGGCCAGCAAACAAUGGAGGGCCUUUCUGCCGCCGCUCAGACCGCUGCAGAGAAGGCAGCAAGAGCCAAAGAUUACACCGUCGAAAUGAGUCAACAAACCGGUCAACAGGCGAAGGAGGGCCUUUCUGCCGUCGCUCAAACCACGGCAGAGAAAGCCGCAAUGGCCAAAGAUUACAGUUUCGAGAAGUCCGUUCAGGCCAAGGAUGUAGUGGCAGAAAAAGCAACCGGAUUGAAGGACACGACGGUGGACGUUAGCAAGAAGGGGGCGAGUUACGUCGGAGAAAAGGCUGUUGCAGCCAAAGACACUGCACUAGAAACCGGAAAAACCACCGCCGGCUACGUCGGCCAGGUGGCGGGAACGGUGAAGGACAAAGCCAUGGUAGCAGGGUGGAGCGCAGCAGAGUUAGCCGGUGACGCAGCGGUUGGCUUGACCGAAACAAUGGCAAAUGUGACCGCCGGAGUUGCAGGAUACGCCGGUAGUACAGCCGUGGCAACAAAGGAUGUUCUAGCAAACGUCGGAACUAAAACAAAGGAGUUCACGGGCGAGAAGUUAGCGGCAGCAAAGGACGCAGUGGUGGCUACAGAAGCCAGUGCCAAAGAUUAUGCUGCGAGAAAGAAAGCCGAAAAACUGAGGGAAAUGGAAGCCAAGAAUUCUGCUCCAUCCAAGGGUGAAGGAGAAUUCAGCAUAGGCUAUGAUGAUGGGAGUGACGAAGGAUACGAAGAAACCUUCAAGAAUUACGGCGGUGCGACUGGUGGUGUGACCGGAGAAGGAACUUUCGAGCAAUGGGGUGGGGGCCGCACUGGUGGUGGUUUUACCGGAGAAGAAACUUUCGAGCAACCAGGCGGUGGCACCACUGGCGGUGGCAUGAUGCGUGUAAUUGGCGAGACGUUGGUUGAAAUAGGACAGAAUACGAAGGAUUUGCUGGUCGGGCAAGGUGGGUACGACGUCGAGCAGUGGCAGGAGGUGGUCGGUGAAGGUGGUAGAAACAAAGAAACGUUCAAAAGGGAGUGAAGUUGGGUGCAAUGUUAUGGGGGGCCAAUUGAGUUUAUAUGCUGGUUGUGUUUCCAUGUUUUUCUUUUGGGUAUGUAGAAAUAACUGUUGUGUGGACGUCCGUUACUAGCUAUGGUUUUCUUGUUUUGUUCCUUCCAACAAUGUACGAUAUCGAUCAUAUAAACGAACAGAUGACAACAUAGUUCACAUCGA